AUGGCAGACGUAGUUUUCUUCGAACCACGUAGAACAAAUGUGUUCGUGACAACAGGUGGAUCGAACAAAAAACUCGCAAAUCAAACCAAUAUGAGAGUAGCAUAUAAGUUCGUUUUUCCGCCAGACUCGAGUUUUUUUGCAAAACCUGAACAGAUGUACGGUUUUGUUCCAAAAGGAGGAAAAACAGACGUAACACUUUACAGAAAGCCAGGAAAAGGAACCACAGAGAAGAUGACGAUUCAAUUCGCUGCAGUACAGAACAAUGCCACAGAUCCGAAGGCUAGUUUCGCGACUGGACAACCGCUUGGAGAGUUUGCGGGCGAAACGAUAGUAACAUUAGUUGGAACUGAAUGA